ACAACGGAGUUCAAGCCCGGAGCCCCCAGCUCCUCCUCGGAGACUCCCCUGGUUCUCAGUGGUCGGGCGGCAAUGGAAAGGGGAGGAGCUCUUCUCCACCUUUCCUGCCUUAGAGUUCCAACAUCGACUCCCGUUUACUUGCUCCUCGGUGAAAGGUCCGGAAAUCCCCCAAAGUCUAUGUUCGCGGAACGAUUCAGGUCUUUUCCUUGCUGGAGAGGAGGUUUUCAUAACAUGUACAAGGCACUACAUAAAUCCCAAUAUGCCAUGAAUGUCUUAAGUUCUUGUGAACCACAAGAAGUAGAAAUGGAUGGCAAGGAGGUUGCUAAGAGUAAUUUUCUUAUUGAUUGCGAGAUAGAUCAGCAAUGUGUUGUUGGUGGUAUAGUUGCGCUUGGCAAGUUCGAUGCUCUUCAUUUGGGUCAUCGGGAACUAGUGAUACAAGCAUCAAAGGCUGGGAUUCCUUUUCUGCUUUCUUUUGUUGGAAUUGCAGAAGUGCUUGGUUGGGAAACCAGGCCUCCAAUAGUUGCAAAAUGUGAUCGGAAACGAGUUCUCUCUUCUUGGGCUCCUUAUUGCAGUAACAUAGUUCCCUUAGAGUAUCAUAUUGAUUUUGCAAAAGUAAGGCAUCUGACUCCCAGACAAUUCGUUGAAAGGUUAUCCAAAGAGCUCAGAGUAGGUGGUGUUGUUGCAGGUGCAAAUUAUAGAUUUGGAUAUAAAGCCUCUGGCGAUGCAAAAGAUCUUGUAAGAUUAUGCAACGAAUACGGUUUAUCUGCGUAUAUCGUAGGUUCCGUGAUGGACAAGACCCAGCAAUGUUUUCAAAAUGGAGGAAGUGUUGCCUCUAAUUCUAGUGACCGAGGACAAGUCUCCUCUACUCGUGUUCGCAAUGCUCUUGCCGCUCGUGAUAUGCCAUAUGUUGCAGAACUUUUAGGGAGGAAACAUCGACUCGUGCUGAUGCUGACGAAACAAAUAUGUCAGUUUGCAAAGAGCACCAUAAUUGCUCCUAAAUCCUGCAUGCUAAACCAGCCACCUGGUGAUGGUGAAUUCAACAACUGCACUCUCCUAUUAGAUGAUGUCAGUGUUGGCCUGUGCAGGUUAGUCAUUGAUUCCCACAACAUCAAAAUUGAUAUGGAUUGUAGAAUUUUUUCGGCAAUCGAUGUAGUUCAAGAUCGCCGAUGCAUCGCCAUCGAAUUUUGAUGACCAUAGCUAAUUCACUCAUUUGAAAUUAUUAUUUGCAGUGGAUCUCAUUGAUUUCACAAGUCUGUUUAAACAAAAGAUGUAUAUAUUAGGAAAAGGAUUGGUGGUGGAUUGCACUGCUAAGCAACUUAACAUUAAGGCUUAUUAUGCUAUUUAUUUUUGUAAUUAGAAUAUGACAAUCUUAUAUUACCUCCUGAAUCUUCUCUUUACUGUG